AUGGACACAGAAGAACUUUGUGGGAUUGAUGUGGAGACCAGAAGAAUUUUGGGGGAAAUUGAUUCACCAACAGAAGAAGACGGCUGUGUUGAGGAAGUUGCACAGUUUGGCUUAGAAAUAUGUUGUGCUGAGGAAGAAAGAGGAGAGACUCCUGGCAGAGAAGGCAGCCCAAGUGACUUGAAGGAGACGGAGCUUGAGCCUGGAGGUGAACCUAAAUCUGCUGAACACGAUGCCUUUGGGAAGGAGGUUGUCCUUCUUAUGCAGGCGUUGAAUUCCUUAGCCACACCUGAAGAAAAAUUGGCUGCUUUGUGCAAAACAUAUGCCGACCUGUUGGAGGAGAGCCGUUGCAUGCAGAAGCGUCUGAAAACGCUGCAGAAGAAGCAGUCUCAAAUUGUGAAGGAAAAGAUCCACCUGCAGGGGGAGCACAGCAAAGCUAUACUGGCACGCAGCAAGUUGGAGAGCAUCUGCAGGGAGCUCCAAAGACACAACAAGACUUUGAAGGAGGAAAAUUCCCAGAGAUCCAGGGAGUAUGAGGAACAACGCAAGGAAGCUAUGCUUCACUUCCAGAUGACUUUAAGUGAUAUUGAAGUCCAGAUGGAACAACACACGUCUCGCAACACUAAGCUGAGACAGGAGAAUGUGGAGCUUGCUGAGAAGCUGAAAAAGCUCAUUGAGCAGUAUGAGCUCAGAGAAGAGCAUAUAGAUAAAGUGUUCAAGCACAAAGAGCUACAGCAACAACUGAUGGACGCCAAAUUACAGAGAAUCACUAACAUGAUGACAGAAGUGGAAGAGAAACAGCAGCGAGAAAGAAACUCUUUGCUGAAGGAUGCCACAGAAUCGAGACGCAAGUGUGAGAUGAUGAAGGAACAAGAGGUUCAGCUCAAGCAUCAGCUUUCCAUGUACAUGGAUAAGUUUGAAGAGUUUCAGAGCACUCUGGCUAAAAGCAACGAGGUCUUCGCCACUUUCAGGCAAGAGAUGGAAAAGAUGACCAAAAAGAUUAAGAAGCUGGAGAAAGAAACAACACAGUGGAGGACAAAAUGGGAGAGCAACAACCAGACUUUGCUCCAGAUGGCAGAGGAGAAAACUCUACGCGAUGGCCAUUUCAAGGCUUUGCAGGGUAAGUUGGAGCUUUUGGAGAGACUCUGCAGAGCUCUACAGAAGGAGAGGAAUGACCUCAACAACCAGCUGAGCCUCAUGCAGGAGCAUAGUGACGAGCCUCCUCCACAGUUGGGAAGUGAGGAAGACGUAGGAGAGGAUGAGACAAAGGGAAUCCGCAAAACUCCGACACUACAUGAGAUGGAGUCCGUAAUGGCCUUUGAAAACACCACUGCUUCAGCAUCGUCAAGCUAG